AUGGCUUCUAGCCCGAGGCAACCGUCUAGACUGUCUAGGACUCCCCUUCAAGGAUUAGAAGAUGAGAUUAAAGUAGGUGUCUUCGAUCAAGGCAAUGUUCCAUACAAUGGUGACCCGCAGCUUAUUGUACCAAAUGGCCGGUCGGGAUGCUAUGGCCUUUACCUGAUCACGCCAGAGGGUGUAGAGUUUAUCUUUCACCAUGCGACUAUGAAGUUUGCCACGACGUGUGGAUGCCUCACUAAAAUGAACCCGGGAGAGACGACGUUUCAGCUUUCGGCUGCGCUAGAUGAUUAUCGUUUACGACUCAUUCGCCAAAAACAGUAUCGAAUUGGACCAAAACUUGCAGCUAUGAUUGUCAUGAAACUGUUUCUUGGUCUGGAAAUUCCAGAGCCAUUCCACGCUAGACGGCAGACUGAGAUUAAAGAGCCUGAUUUAGACGCAGAGAGCCAUAACACAAAGGUCCACCCUCCCGCUCAUGAUAAAUCUGAAUAA